CCCCAAUCCUCACCGUCAGAACUCCACCAAUUUUUUGUUUCUUUUUGCUUCACCGACCUGGAUCAGAAACAACACUGAGUUGCUCCCCUCAGAGAAAUUUCCUGCGAGUCGCUUCCGGAUUCCGGCAGAGGAUCGUACCGGCCGACGAAAAGAACCAGCGAACCAGCGGUGAGACGUUAGCCGGAGCGCCAGACACCGGACACUGUUGCUGGAAACAGCAGGAAGAACGAUUCUAGAGCGCCAUAAAAGAGAAGGGGCGACGAAGGGCAGAAGGAAUUCGUCGAGAUUGGCAACAAUGGCGUCGAGGGAGAGGGAGAGGGAUCUGGAGCGGCUAAUACCCGUUCCGCCCAAACAGAUUCAGGAGAGCAUCAGCACCAAUGGUGGCUCCAAUUCCUCUGCCUCCGCCGCCCCCUCCGCCAUCAUCUCUCAUAGCUCCGGCAAAGAGGCAUUUUCAAAGCUAAUCCGUAGCUGGGCAUGGAAGAAAUUCAUCACAGGAAGUGUAAUUUUGCUGCCAAUAGCCAUAACAUUCUGUGUUACAUGGUGGUUUAUCCGAUUCGUCGAUAGUUUCUUCUCUCCCAUCUAUGCUCUACUCGGAAUCAAUGUAUUUGGGCUUGGAUUUGUGACCUCCCUCACAUUCAUAUUCCUAGUCGGCGUGUUCAUGUCGUCGUGGCUGGGCGCUUCUGUUCUCAGCUUGGGGGAGUGGUUCAUCAACAAAAUGCCCUUCGUCAGCUACAUCUACUCUGCUUCUAAACAAAUCAGCGCAGCCAUCUCGUCAGAUCAGAAGUCCAAUGCGUUCAAGGAGGUAGCCAUCAUCAGGCAUCCGCGUAACGGUGAGUACGCGUUCGGGUUCAUUACUUCGACGGUGCUCCUGCGUGGGAACUUGGGUACAGAGGAGCUCUGCUGCGUCUAUGUGCCAACGAACCACCUUUACCUUGGGGAUAUAUACCUGGUCAGCUCUAAAGAUGUCAUGAGGCCUAAUUUGUCAGUGCGGGAAGGAAUUGAAAUAGUGAUCUCGGGAGGGAUGUCGAUACCGGAAAUAAUCACGACAUUGGAAGAAGCGCAAGUGAAUGAUGAUGCAGCUAGGCUGGGGAAGUAUGGAGUGCCACAGGUGUAGAUUUUGCACUUUGGAACUUAUAUGCUUCUAUUCUCUUGUCCACUUUAAGAAAGGAACUGCCAGAGCUCCGCAAGGUAGAAGCUGGUUGCCAUGUCCAUUGACUAUCUGUGACGGAGUAUGAGAGUCAUUGGGUAACGGAGGGAAGGAAGUAUAUUGUGUUGCAAAAAUGGGGGAAGAGACAGCGGCGUUGGAUCAUUGGACGGAUUGAAGAACAGUUGCAACUAUGUGUAUCUAUGGGGGUGAAAGUGGCAGAUUAAGAAGCAAAUGAAAGGUGCUGAGAUGUAUAUUAUUGUUCCUUUCACCGAACUGUGAGAAAUGAGAUUAGGAGUAAUUGGUGUUUGUUGAUGGAUGCAUUAAAUGGGGAAACGAUUGCACAGACUUAUUCUGUAAGACAGAUCUCCAGCUGGGUUAAGAAUUGCUGAGCUGAGCUAGUCAAAAGAUUAUUUAUUGAAAAACGGUUUAAAUAUGGGUCAGGAGAUGGAAUGGGAACAAAAGGGAAAAUGGAUGAAUAUCUCUAUCAUCCAAAAGACGAACAUACAUUUAAGCUUUAGCAAUAUCAAUAUGACAGGCACAUCUAAUUUAAAUAAUCUUAGGUGAUAAUCUCACUAUCAGUUCCAUUGUCGUCCAGCGGUUAGGAUAUCUGGCUUUCACCCAGGAGACCCGGGUUCGAUUCCCGGCAAUGGAAUCUUUUUGCUCUGACACAUCUAUUCCCUUGUUGUGAUUAACAAUUU